AUGGCGACGAUAAGACCAUUACCGGAAUCUGUUCGUAGCUCAAUUCGUUCCGGCAUUUCCUUGUUCGAUUUCACAAGAAUCGUUGAGGAACUUGUUUUCAAUAGCCUCGAUGCUCGUGCUACAAAGGUAUCGGUGUUUGUUAACGUUGGGAACUGCUUCUUAAAAGUAGUUGAUGACGGAGAUGGAAUUACUCGAGAUGGACUGGAAUUGGUGGGAGAAAGAUAUGCAACAUCAAAAUUUCUUAAUUUGGCUGAUCUAAAUACUACAAGUGAAAACUUUGGUUUUCGCGGUGAAGCUUUAGCUUCCAUUUCGGAAGUAUCUUUGUUGGAAAUAGUGACAAGAGCUUAUGGAAGGCCAAAUGGUUAUAAAAAAGUAUUAAAGGGGUGCAAGUGUUUAUACCUUGGUAUUGAUGAUGAUAGAAAGGAAGUAGGCACAACAGUCAUUGUUUGUGAAAUAUUUUACAACCAACCAGUUCGGAGGAAGCACAUUGAAUCCAGCCCCAAUAAGGUACUCCAGUCAAUCAAGAAAUGUGUAAUGCGGCUUGCACUUGUGUGCCCAAAAAUUUCCUUCAAAGUUGUUGAUAUUGAAAGAGAGGAUGAGCUUUUCUGCUCACAUUCUGCUGCUUCUCCACUGUCACUUGUAACCACUGGCUUCGGGGUGGAGGUCACAAACUCUCUUCAUGAUUUAGAAGUUGAAAACAAUAUCAUAAAGCUUACUGGAUUCAUAUCGGAUCCUUGCAAUACCCUUGAUAUGAAGGCCUUACAGUAUCUCUAUAUUAACUCACAGUUCGUUUGCAAGGGACCUAUUCAUAAGCUUUUAAGUCAACUGGCUAUUAGAUUUGAGCAUCGUAACUCGUGGAGUGCUGAUAAUGAAUGCAAAAACAAAAAGAGAGACAGAUCGCAGCCAUGUCCGGCAUAUAUCUUGAAUUUAAGGUGCCCCCGGUCUUUAUAUGUUUUGAGCUUUGAGCCAUCAAAAACUUAUGUUGAAUUCAAGGAUUGGUCUCCAAUACUAAACUUCAUUGAAAAGGUCAUCAAACAUUUUUGGGAGGGAAGCAUAGCUUAUGGAGAUUCCACCAAUAAAGCCACUUAUACUGUUCAAAAAGAUCAACGGAAAAAAGUAGAUCCAGAUGUCAACACCAUUUCAGUGGAAGCAGAUAUAUCAAAAUUUGGAAACCAAAAUCGUAAGGGUUGUUUAGACCUCUUCUUUUCCACUUCAGACAAGCUAACUGAAGAUGACAAUCAUCAAUGCAACAGGGAGGAUAUUAGAACUAACAUUGGUUACUUACAUCGAGGGACUGAGAUGUUCAAAGAUAAACAAAACACGGGAGGGCUUCAUUGUCGGACCGGGUAUUCUGGAAAUUUACUCGACGUUUCAUACGCCAAAAGCAUGCCCACCACUAAGAAAAAGAACAGCAAUUUUUGGGCGUAUGAUGACAAUGAUUUGUUGCAAGGAGUUUAUUUUUCAGAUGAGAUUGAUGGGGAUUUUCAAAAGCCUUUUCUAAAAAGCUGCUCUACACAAAAAGGAAAUAUUCUGCAUGAGAAGGCUUUGCUCGUAAAUAAUGAACCUGAACUCCAAACUUUUAGCUUUUGGAGCAAGCAAAAUCUAGGGGGGGAUUGUUUCAUUGGUAAGGAUUUAAAUGCCCUUCCCUGUGUAGAAGUUGCAAAAAAAUUGAAGAUGUCUGAAGAUUCUGAUUUUCUUUUAAGAGCACAGUAUGAAGAAAAUUGUCGACCUUCAGAUUCAUGGUAUUCAGCAACACAAAUAGGAAACUCUAGUUCUGAUGAUCAGUUACCAAACUUUGAAAGGCAUCCUGUUUAUCAAAGUCCCUCACCUAAGGCUACUGCAUUGUGUGUUUAUCAUACCAAUGAUAUUAACGAUCUUCAAAGAGCAUCUAGAUGCUAUGAAAGGACUCACCAUACACACAAAAUUUAUGACGAAGAAAUUGAGAACUACUUCAGUUACAAUCUUGAGGGAGCAUCUAAAUACUGCAAAAGGAUCCAUCAUACACGUGUUUUUGAUGAUGAAGAAAAAGGGUACAACUUCAGUUAUGAUAUGUCAAGGUUGGUUGACUGGCCUGAUUUCGUUGAUUCAUAUUUCCCAAAAAGGCCGGGUAUUUUAGAUGAGGAAACCGACUUGCUGUUAUCUGGGUCAUAUGUUGGAAACUGUACGAGACCCAAUAUUAAUGAAGGCAAAAGGGACCGUUUUAGGCAUCCAGCUUUGGAGAAGACUCGUGUAAGAUCUAAAAGAAGCUUCUCAGCUCCACCAUUUCAUAGAAGUAAAAGGAGGUUUUUCUCUUUAAAUCAGCUUCCAGAAAUGGUAGCUAAAAGAUCUACCGGCCAAGCAUCCCACCCUACUACCAGUCUUCUAGAAGCCAGUGAUUUUAAGUAUUCUCAACAUCCUUCUGCUUUUCACCCCAGCAAAGAAGAUCUAUUGCAAGAAUUUAAAUCUAAUGUGAAACGGAGUUCAGAGGUUCCGGGGGCUCCACAGAUUGAUGACAUUGCCAAGACUGAUGGUUUUGAAAAUUUCAAUGUUCAACAGAAUGAUCCAUUCAGGGAAUUGAUAUCUAGGGAAGUACAAGACCCCAUAGAUUAUGGGACCAAAUGGAGGAGCCGCUCACCCCAAACUCCAAAGAACGAUAAACUAAUUGAUAUUGGAAAUCAGAACAAUAUACUUGACAUCUCUUCUGGAUUCUUGCAUCUUGCCGGAAAUUCUCUAAUACCUGAAACUAUAAGUAAGAAAUGCCUUGAGGAUGCCAAAGUUCUCCAUCAGGUCGAUAAGAAAUUCAUUCCAAUCAUGGGUGGCAGAACCCUUGCCAUUAUUGAUCAGCAUGCUGCAGACGAAAGAAUCAGACUGGAAGACUUACGUCAAAAGGUAUUAUCUGGAGAAGCAAAAGCAAUAACCUAUCUAGACGCUGAACAGGAGCUGGUGCUGCCAGAGAUGGGUUAUCAAUUACUUAAUAGUUACGGUGAACAAAUAAAAGAUUGGGGCUGGAUCUGUAAGAUUCAUACUCAAAAUUCUGAAUCCUUUAGAAGGAAUUUGGAUAUUCUCAACAGACAACAAAUGACCAUCACCCUUGUUGCGGUACCAUCUAUUUUAGGUGUCAAUUUAAACGAUGUUGAUCUAUUAGAGUUUCUUCAGCAGCUUGCUGAUACUGAUGGAUCAUCAACAAUGCCACCCUCCGUUGUACGACUCCUAAAUUCAAAAGCGUGCAGAGGUGCAAUCAUGUUUGGGGAUUCAUUGCUCCCAUCAGAAUGUUCCCUUCUAGUGGAAGAGCUAAAUCAUACAUCACUCUGUUUCCAGUGUGCUCAUGGACGACCAACCACUGUUCCUCUUGUCAACUUGGAGGCACUGCAUAAUCAAAUUGCCAGGCUUGGACUGAUGAAUGAAGGGUCAAGUAAUAAUAAGUGGCAUGGAUUACAAAGACGUAAAGUGUGUAUAGAACGUGCAGUACAGCGUUUAAGUUCUGCUAGGAGUUGA